AUGAGUCAACAGCCAAGACGACGCAUGCCUGAAAACUACUUGGUUAUUUGGGUCGAUGAAAAUAUCGACAUGCCAAAUGAAGAUUGCCAAAAUACAAUGCAACAACUGCGUGCUGUCGUCAAUCAAGUUAAUCCAUGUAAGACAGCUGAACAAUGUAUACAACAGAUUACAAAAAAUCAAGAGGAGAUCUCAUUUGUUAUCUCCUCAGGUGCACUUGGACAACAUCUUGUACCAAGUAUCCAUGGCAUGGCAAAAUUGAAUGCUAUAUACAUUUUUUGUCGUAAAAAAGAACGGUAUCAAGAUUGGGCUCGAAAUUGGUCAAAAAUCCAAGGUGUUCAUACGACAAUUAAGCAUAUUUGUGAAAAAUUGGCAACAGCAAUCAAACAAUGCAAUCAAGAUCAUAUGUCGGUGAGCAUUGUUAGUGUGAAUGCAGGAGAUUCUAGCAAGAAUCUAGAUCAGCUAGAACCUUCUUUUAUGUAUUCACAAAUAUUCAAGGAAAUACUCCUUGAAAUCCAACAUGAUCAACAAGCCCUUCAAGAUUUGGUCACCUACUGCCAACAAGAAUACCAAGGCAAUACGACAGAACUCAAAAUUAUUAAUGAAUUUCAACGAACUUAUCAACCAUCCAAUGCCCUAUGGUGGUAUACAAGACAGUGUUUUACAUACAAAAUGUUGAAUGGUGCACUAAGAACACUGAACGGCGACGUUAUGAUACGAAUGGGUUUUUUCCUGUGUGAUGUACAUCGACAAAUCGAAACCUUAUACAAAAAUCAGGUCAGUCAAUACCAUAACAAGAUUUUUACAAUCUUUCGAGGGCAAGGCCUAUCGAAAGUAGAUUUUGAAAAGCUCACAGAAAACAAAGGUGGGCUUAUUUCUUUUAACCACUUUUUAUCCACCAGCACAAAUUCAGAUGUCUCCCUCGUUUUCGCCAAGGGAGCUUUAAAAAUGACCGAUAUGGUCGGAAUUCUAUUUCAAAUAACCAUUGAUCCUAAAGUUUCAUCAACUCCAUUCGCCUCCAUUCGAGAGGAGAGUUACUUCAAGGAUGAGGAAGAAAUUCUCUUCACCAUGCACACCGUCUUUCGCAUUGGUGAAGUGCGAAAAAUUGACAACAAUCGUGCACUUUAUAAAGUCGAUCUUAAACUGACGUCAGAUGAUGAUCCACAACUUCGUGAAUUAACUCACUAUAUUCGAGGAGAAGUCGACGGUACCGGAUGGUCUCCACUGGGUAAAUUGUUACUACAAAUAGGUCAAUUCGACAAGGCCGAAGAACUAUAUAUGGCACUACUGGAACAGGCAUCGAAUGAUAGUGAUAGAGCAUAUAUAUAUUCCCAGCUUGCAUCUGCGAAAAACGAUAGAGGAGAAUACACAGAAGCAGCCUCACUUCUCGAAAACGCACUUAAAAUUGAGCGUAAAACUCUUCCACACGAUCACCCUUCAUUAUCUCAUUACUACAACAACAUUGCUCUACUGUAUAACAACAUGGGUGACUACUCGAAAGCGCUGGAAUUUUACGAAAAAUCACAUAAAAUCGUCGAAAAAGCUCUGCCUUCCAAUCAUCCUGAUUUGGCUACUUCAUACAGCAACAUCGGUGGAGUGUACAGCGACAUGGGUGACUACUCGAAAGGACUUGAAUUUUACGAAAAAUCACAUCAAAUCUUCGAAAACGCUCUGCCUUCCAAUCAUCCCUCAUUGGCUACUUCGUACAACAACAUCGGUCAAGCGUAUAAUAACAUGGGUGAAUACUCGAAAGCACUUGAAUUUUACGAAAAAUCACAUCAAAUCUUCGAAAACGCUCUGCCUUCGAAUCAUCCUGAUCUGGGUGGUUCAGAAAACAGCAUCGGUGGAGUGUAUUAUGCCAUGGGUGACUAUUCGAAAGC